GCGGGGUUUCCCAUCGAGUGGUCAGUCGUCGUGAAAAUAUAAGAAACUAUUCGGUUGGAAUUAUUGAAAACACUACAAAAAGGAGUUAUCUACUGACCAUGAAAAGCUGGCCAUGAAACAGUUCUUCCAUUGAGGACUGGAAAAGUGAAAGCCCACCAAGGGGGGCAAACUGAUUGACUUUUAGGCAAACGAGGGGAAAAAAAACAUGGAACCGGCACCGACUCCAUCACCAGUUCCUGCUCCUGCCCCAGUUGCAGUUCCUGCGGCUCCAACUGCAGAGGCUACUCCGAUCCAAGUAGCAGCUCCCACGGCAGUGACUCCUGCCCCAGCGGCACCGGUUUCGGCAUCACCUAUUGUUGCUGCGCCUCCUGUUGCAAGUGUGCCAGCUGCAACAUCUACUGUUCCCGUCGCAGCUGCUCCUGCUCCGAUUGCUGUCGCCCCCGUCGCUACUUCUGCAGUCCCAGCUCCUGUUGUUGCGACCCCCGUCGCAUCUGUGGGGCCUCCAGUUGAAGCAACACCUACUCCUGUUGCAGCUGCUCCAGUUGCAGCACCAACUCCCGUUGCAGCUCCAACUCCUGUUGCAGCUCCACCCGUUGCAGCUCCAACUACUGUUGCAGCUCCUCCAGUUGCAGCACCAACUCCUGUUGCAACUCCACCAGUUGCAGCAACUCCUGUUGCAGCUCUUCCAGUUGUAGCGCCUCCAGUUGCUGCACCUCCAGUUGCAGCACCAACCGUUGCAGCUGUCGAAACUCCAGUCGCCGUAGCUCCUGAGAUCACUGCACCACCUGUUGCUGAAACUCCUGUUGCUGUUCCACCACCUGUUGCUCCAACCGUUGUUGCAACACCCGUUUCGGUUGCAGCCGCUCCAGCUGUUGCUCCUGUGAUCGCAAUACCACCCGUUGCCGUUGUUGAAACUCCGGUUGCUGUUGCACCACCUGUGGCGCCUCCCGUUGUUGCAACAGAGGCUCCAGCUGCCGCUCCUUCGGUGAUCGCAGUACCAACAGAAACACCCGUAGUGGCUCCUAUCGUUACUCCUGCCGUUGCUCCUGUAGUCGUUGAAACUCCGGUUGCUACUCCUGUGAUUGCGCCGCCCUCGGUUGCUGUUGCCGAAACUUCAAUUGCUGCAGAACCCGUGGCUGUUGCACCUGUUGCAGAGACCCCAGCUGUUGCUCCUGUGAUCGCACCGCCAAUUCCUGCUGUUGCUGAAACUCCGGUCGCCGCAACUCCCAUUGUUGAAACGCCACCAACUGCUGCAGCAGAACCAGUGACCAUUGCAACUCCUGAGGCGUUCUCCCGUCGCUGCAACAUCACCACCUUUGUUGCAACUCCUGUUGUUGCUGAGACUCCGGUGGCGGUAGCUCCUGUUAUCGAUGCAACACCUGUUGCUGUUCCUGAGACACUUGUGGUGGAACCGCCAGUCGAUGCUGCAGUUGUUGCCGAGACUCCGGUUGCUGCAACAGAGCCGGUUGCCGCUGUGGAGACACCAGAAGUUGCUCCUGUGAUCGAUCCACCAGCCGUCGCAGUUGCUGAGACUCCUGUUCCUGUUCCCGAAGCCAUUUCACCCGUCGAACCACCAAUAGAAGCCGCAGAUUCUGCAUCUAUACCACCAGUUGCAUUUGCCGAUACUCCAGCGGCAGUGGCUGACCCAUCUCCUCCUGAGCCAGCUGCCACAGAAAUUCUUGAAUCAGUGGAAGCUCCAGUUGCUAUUCUAGAACCUACAAUCGCCAGCGUGGAAGUACCAGUGGAAGCCACCCCAUCGCCUGCCCCCACUGAAGAAGUGACUCCUGUGGAACCAACCGCCGUUGCAGCACCUAUACCUGAACCGAAACCAAUAGCAGCUACUCCUGUAGAGCCUGUGCCAACGGAGACUCCAAUAGCAGUGCAAGAACCAGUGGUUGUAAAAGAGGAAACGGUAGCCGAAGUUCCAGCACAGAUUCCUGAAGCACUUCCAGAGAUUCCCAAUCCGCCACCGGAGGUUGUUCAAGAUCCUGCUCCAACGGCUGUGGAACCAGAGACUGCCACUAUCACUGAACCUCCUUUAGUGGCCGAAAUUGCCGUAGCCGACGUUGUUGAGCCUAUAACUCCUGAACCAAUCGUGGAGUCGCCCGUGCCGGCAGCAGAACCCUUGGUGAAUGUUGUGGAAACUGUAGUGCCGAUCGCGGAACCAGUAAUAUCUGAGCAAGAUGUUAUUCAAACUGCCGUUCCUGCAGCCCAAGAGAUUCCCGUUGCCGAGAUUCCAGAGGCGACAACGAAACCAGUCGAGGAUGUUGUAGAGCCGAGUCCCAUUCCCACUGAAGAACCACCUGCAAUUGUGCAAUCUUCCCCAGAACCAGUUACUUCAGAAACGAUAGCUGCAGUAGAAACAGUUCCUGUCCCUGAAACUGCUGAAGAAGUUCCAAUUGUUGCAGAAAAACCUGUGGAAGAGAUUCAGGUAGAUGAAGCUCCCGAUCAAUCACCUCCACCGCAAGAUUCAGUUCCCGUAGCAAAGAUAACUCCUUUGCUCCGGGAUCUCCAGACCACCGAUGUUUCCUUAUUGGCCAUUGCAGCCACCCUGGAUGCCAUUGGAGAGAAGUUGAAGGACCAAAAGGACAGAAAUCAAAAGGUUAUGGACAGACUGUGCGAAAUCGAGAAAAUUCUGGGCCCACCCAAAUGAAAUUAUUUAAAUUUUAAGUUAUAAUUGUAAAGUUAAUAAACAUGAUAUAAAA